AUGGACGACGAUAUUGCCACCUUUUUGGCGUUCACUGGAACAGAUGAUGCUGCUGCCGCCAAAAAAUUCUUGGAGAUCUCAGGCAACAACGUUGAAUAUGCCGUGCAAUUGUUCAUGGAAUCUGGAAACCACAGCUCCACUACAGCUCACCAAGAUGAAGAAAUAGCUCAGAAGUUACAACAGGAAGCAUACCAGGAUAACGUACGUGAAGCAGACACAAACGUUCACCGUCAUGAAACAUUAUUGGACUCAUUCCCCACUUAUGGAGAAAUGUCCAUGCCCAGAGAACUGGACAUGUUCGGUGGAGGACGAGUAGGAAUCUUCAACCAGCGAUUUGAUAUGCCUCAUGAGCACCUCGAAUACGACGAUGACGAAGACUAUGAAGAUGCGCCGCAGAUUGUGGAAUCGGAUGAAGACUCUGAUGAAUUAAUGCAGGUUGAUGAAGUUGGCGAGCGGGUCAGACAACCUACAAGAAGAGUUCGCUUAGAGAGAAAUCCUAUGGGAGAGCUUUCAUCUACACAGAGAAGAUUAGCGGAGCUUUUCAAGCCACCGUUCGAUCUCAUUGAGCGAGUGAACUUGGAUACCGCAAAGAUGAUGGGUCGGAAGGAUAAAAAAUGGAUCCUCAUAAAUAUUCAGAACCAGGCAGAAUUCCAGUGCCAGGUUCUCAACCGAGACUUCUGGGCCAACAAACAAAUCAAGCAGAAAGUUAAGGAAGACUUUAUUUUCUUGCAAUACCAACACGAUUCAGUUAACGGAGAAAGCUUCGUGAAUUUCUACCAUGUGGAUCAAUUCCCUCACAUUUCCAUUCUUGAUCCCAUGACAGGCGAGCGAGUAUUCAAGUGGACCGAUGGAAAGGUACCUGACGUCGAAGAAUGGUUGGCUGACGUUGAAUUGUUCAUGGAGAAGUUUUCACUUCAACCCUCUGCAAGCAAUCCACUUGUGAAGCAUGAAGUCAAGUUUGAUCCUGACUCCAUGACCGAGGAACAACAAAUAGAGUUUGCUAUGAGGCAAUCCGUGGGGGCUAGUGGCAACAGCAUCAAUGAUGCCAUCGCUUUGGAUGACGAUGACGAUGAAGUUGCCAAUAACGUAUCUCAGGCAGCUGUGUCUGAGCCUGAACAGGAAGAGGGUGAUGCAUUUGACAAGAUCUCCGCAAAGGAUCAUGAUGAGCCUUCUGUCGGCUCAGUGACCAGGAUCCAGUUUCGUUUUCCUAGCGGUAAGAGACUCAUUCACAAGUUCGAUUUUGAGAAUGAUACCGUGGGCCAGAUAUACCAGUGGCUCAAAUUUGUACUCCUGGAAACAGAGGAGGCUACAUAUGGCAUCGGUACUGGAGACCGGUUUACUAUGUCUAGCAUGGGUAAAAGCAAGCUACUUGAUAUGGUUGAUAUGACUAUUGGUGAAGCAGGAUUGAAGAAUGCCAGUAUAUUAUUAGAAAAGGAAUGA